GGGAAACGUCGCUGCACAGAUCAAUUCUGUAAAGUGCGUUGCAGAAAAACAUAAUAAUAUUCUAGUGACAAUAAUAUUUCUUUUUUGUAGCCGGCUGUCUCUUUGUUUGUAUACACAGUGACUAGGGGUUGUGGGAGCCCCAAUAUUUCUGAUAAAUGAUAUUAAUCAUUAGAGUUGAAGCAAACACCUUUAUUUUAGGGCUACCAGUGAAUCUUUAUUCCUCUCAACCCUGAAUAAAAAUAAUAUUUACUGAUUUCACUAAAACUUGGGAGUUUACAGAUUCCAUUCAUUCAAUAGAUCCUGUAGCACCAAGGAAGUCAUGUUGUACCAUAAUCUCUAUACUGGGCACUGGGCAGAGUUGUUUGAACUUUAAUAUUUCCUUAAACAUACGGACUGUUUUUCUGCCAUAAUAAUUACUAUUGAUUUUUGAUUCAGUAAAACAGUUGACAGGUUUAAAUAUGGAAAGGUGAGUUGCACUGCAGGCAUGGUGGGAGUGGCAUUACAGUUGGUUGCUAUGGUUACAUUGUUUACGUCUGCAAGGUUGUUGAUCUGCAGAUCAUUUGCAUGUGGCUUCCUAUUGGCUGAGAAUAUUAUAGCGAUGUCAUACAAAGGAGAAUACAGAGUGCAUUGUGAUGUCAUAAAGAGGAGAGUUGUUUACUGAUGUUACUCACUCACUUGCUUUGUCAUAAGACCUACGAGCGCUGGUGGUGACACAUCAGAGACUCAGUCUUAUCGAUUUUUGAAUUUUUUCUUACUUUUUAUCGUUAUUUCAAAACUAUAAUUAUGUCAAAUGAAGAGAAAGAUACUAAGAUAACAAUUAAUGAAAAAGAAGAAGAGGAAUAUCAGCGUUCCUGCAUGAGGAAGAUCUCCCGGAUCGUGGUUCUAAUUUUGAUUGGACUCCUUGCUACCUGCUAUUAUAUAUUUGUGGUGGAGCUGUGCAUAUUCACUGUACAGUUAUUAGAGGCAAAGGUGACUUUCCUGGUGAUUUUCCACCUUUUGUUCCUCCUGUGCGUGUGGUGUUAUCUCCGGACUGUUAUGAUGCCUCCCGUUGUCCCUCCUGAAAAAUUCCGCCCAUCGGAGGCUGACAAGCAGCUGUACCUGAGUGAUGAGAGGCCACAAGUGCUGCAGGAGAUCCUCAUUCGUAUGGCUAAAGACUUGCAUAUUAAGAAGGCUGUAAGGUACUGUACCACAUGCCAUGUGAUAAAGCCAGACAGGUGCCACCAUUGCCCAGUGUGUAACGUCUGUAUACUGAAACUGGAUCAUCACUGCGGAUUUCUAAACAACUGUGUGGGAUUCUCCAACUACAAGUUCUUCCUCCUCGCUGUGAUGUAUGGAGUGCUAUUGUGCAUAUUCACUAGCGCAGUGUCGCUUUAUUGCUCCAUACUAUUCUGGACUCAUCAGCUGCCCAACAGCCCAUCCAAAGUCCCUAUCAUUGUGCUGUUCAGCCUGACCACGUUCUUCGCUAUAAUGCUAUUCCGACUUUUCCUUGAUCAUUUCGAACUGGCUCUAAGGAAUAUAACUGAUCGGGAGGACAGUGAUAACACAGAGGAGUUUAAUCCCUAUAACUUGGGCUUCAGCAAGAAUCUGAGAGAAGUGUUUGGCAAUGAAAAGAAAUACUGGUUCCUCCCAAUCUUCAGCAGCUUAGGAGAUGGCUUCUCAUUCCCAAUGGGUGAGGCUACAAUGGACAUAGAGAAAAAUGCUGCUAAUGUUCCCAAACCUGUUAGUGAGAACCAGAACUGAAAAUCCCAGAAUUGACAGUUGUCACAGGAAAGACUACGAGGAGGAAUUUGCAAAGGGAACUCUGAUUAUUAUACAAUUAAUUCUGAGGAGGAAGACAUGAUUCAGACAUGGAUGCUGCCUGCCAUUAAUCCAACAAGAUUCAACGAGAUUCAACAGCCUUUUCGGCAAGAUUGUUCCUGGGAAUAAUUAUUUGCAACUUUCCUACUGUUCCUGAAGAUUCGUCUCUGUCCUACCCCAACCCAGAGCAGAGGAGACUGGGACUGGGACCUCCUACGACAGA